UGUCAGCCUGUUUCAAUGACAUCACUUCCAAGUGCAAGUUUCCAACAUGGCGUCCAGCCGGCUGCCGGAGAGGGAGGUCCAGGAGGAGCCGAGACGCGCUGCCACCGCGAACACCGACUUCUGCCUCAACAAAUACUCCGUGCUCAUCAUUAUAGGACGGACCGCUCACCUCAGACACACGGGACACAUCAGCAGGGACAUUGAACGAGGUAUUCGGUCCUGGGACGUCGACUUAAAAUCCUGUAACCUGAACAUCUAUCUUCAAGAAUUUCUCUCCCAUCACACAGCGUCUUUUAAGGGUGCAGGGCAGAAGUGUCUGCGCCACAGUACCAGAGUGUUGGACACUCAGGUGCUGAUCAGUCCGUCUCAGGAACAGGUUCAUUCAGAGGUGUUUGCUCUGCUGUCCAGGGAUUCGGCCCAUAAGCUGUUGAUCUUGGCUGGUCAGAGUGUGGAGGACAGCGGAGAGCUGCUGUUUCACAAAGGACUGUUGUCACCACACAAACUGAAACAGAUAAUAAUAGAGCAGUUCAUAGAUCAAGAGAGCCCUGCAUGCUCCACCAAAAUCAGUCUGACCCUCAGUUGCCCUAACAUCGGCCAGUGGAGGACAACUCUCUUGGGGAACCAGCCUCUGCAGGGUCCUUUCACGCUGCACAUCAACCCCCCAGAGGUGCUGCCUGCCAUGGAGGCCCUGGGGGAAUUCACCUCCCUCAUUUCUAGUACUCUCUCCCCUCCAUCUCCCUUCGACCUCCUGCCUCCUCCCAGCACCGUGGGUUUUCUCAAGCUGUCCCGCCCCUGCUGCUAUGUGUUUCCCGCCGGCCGCGGUGACUGUGCCUUUUUUGCCGUUAACGGGUUCACGGUGCUGGUGGACGGUGGCUCGGACACUCACGCCUGUUUCUGGAAGCUGGUCCGCCACCUUGACCGUGUUGAUGCAGUUUUGUUAACACACAUUGGGACAGAGAACCUCCCCGGGGUCAACGUCUUUCUGGAGAGGAAGGUGGCUGAGCUGGAGCUGAGCUCUGAUAUCAAAGAUGACUCGUCUAAGAGGCUCAUCUCCCCAGAGCUCGGAGUUGUGUUCUUUAACGCCCCCAACAGGUUGUCGAUGGAGGAUCAGCCUUGUGUGGACAAUGUAAUGAAGAGCACACACCAGGCAGCUCUAACCCUGCAGCUCUUAAAGAAGUUAGAGAUCCGGCCACAGCCGAUGUUUCGACCACAGGGGGCCCCCAUUGAGCCACUAACUCUGUUCCAGAAGAUGGGAGUCGGACAGCUGGAUUUAUACAUCCUCAACCCCGGCAAAAACAGCCAGGAGUACCACACAUUCAUGCAAAACUGGCCCGAUGCCGUAUUAUCAGCAUCCAAAUCCCAAACUCUCCCCCUCACUGCACUGGCCUCCGUGGCCGCCCUGCUCGUGUGGCACCCAGCGUGUCCCCAGGAGAAGGUGGUCAGGGUGCUUUUCCCUGGUGUUACCCCACAGGCAAAGCUGCUGCAGGGGCUGGAGAAGCUGAAGGGGCUUGAGUUCCUCCAGAAACCCACGGUGACCACCGGGGAUAUGGAGAGGCUGGGGGAGGACAGAAAUGCAAAGAGGAUGGAGAGCCAGGACAGCAGCAAGUCACAAGGGAAGGAGGUGACACCCAAACAUGGAAAAGAGCGUGGAGUUAAAGAAGAUGGAAAGGAGGUGCUGGUCAGGGAAAAGGGAAAAGUAUUAAAUGGAGUUACAAGAGAUGCUGAUAAAACCAAACUCAAAGAAGCAGGUAUGAAGCAAAAACCAGCAUCGUCAGAGAAGAAUACCUCCAAGAAAGGAGGAGGCAAAAAGGAGGCUGGAAAUAAAGACGAUAAUGGCGUUUUGAGGAGCGAUCAGGGGAAAAGGGAUCUUCCUGCCAAACCAAAGACUGAAAAUAAAACUAAGCUCAAAAAGGAAGCAAAGAAUGACUCUAAAACAGGGGCGAAGAAAACAAAAAAAACAUCAGGCAAGGAGGCGAAUAACGGCAAAAAGAUAAACACUGCAACAAAACCCGAGGGUGGGAGUGUGUUAGAAAUCCCAGCAGCAGGGGGUCCUGAUGCAGAGCUGCAGAAUCAAAAAGAAUCUGAAGAGAACCCCUGCGGCUCCAAAAUGUCUACCCCCGAGGAUAUGACAGCCGAAUUUCUCAAGCUCCAGGAGGAAACUGAGAGAGGAGAGGCGCAGGUGGAAGCACCAGAUAAAGGAAAGCAGAGCAGCAGCGAGUCAGGAAAUGAAAAGAGCCUUGGAGGUAUGAUCCAAGAGAGGAGAAAUGAAGCUGCUGAUACCCUCGGGGGUGAUGCAGCAGGUGGUGCAGAGAUAAUGGGAGGAGAGAGUGGUGAUAAUAGAACACAAGAUAAAGCGGAUGUAAGCGUGCAGAAAGCACCUGUAGACCAGCCUGGAAAUGCAGUCAAACCAGCUAAGGUUGUAGGAUUUCCAGUUCCCCUGAACAAGGCGCCAAAGACGGAGCGCACAGUCCAGUUAGACUUAACCCCGACUGAAUACACGCUCCUGGAAGGGGGUUUGAGAAACAGCCCUCCUUCACGAUCCUCUCCAGAGAACCAGGCCCCCGUCAGCCCCGAUGAGGAGACUGUAGAGCCCGCCUCUCCUGAUUCACGGCCCAACAGCGCAGGCCACACUCCUUACUGUCUGUCCCCAGACGAUGUGUGGUGCAACAGGGCCACUCUCAGCAGGCUACAGGCCCAGAUGGGGAACUUAGAGUCGGCCGAUGUCAACGAGCCAAACGGAUCGUCCAAGCAAAGCGAGGUGCAGCUCAAAAGCGCUCCCGAGAGCCAGACGCACACCAGAGAGAGGCAGCUGAGUUUCCUGUCUUUGGGUACACUCAGAGAGGGAUCUUCAGACCCCUCUCCCUCUCUCGCUACCACCACCACCACCACCACACACUCCAUGCCAGCAGAGGUGAGCUCGCCUCAGUCCACAGAGGUCGAUGAAUCACUGUCCAUGUCCCUGGAGCAGGGGCCGACCACUGUGAGCCAGAGAGAGGGGGAAGAAGGUGUCCAUAAUUCCAAUGGAGGCCAUUUUGCCGGCAUGUCUUUACCGAUGAAGAAGCCUCAGAGAUGUUGCGGGCAGGGCUCAGAGAUGGGGCGGCCUCCAGCCCCGAACACGCUUCAUUUUGAGGUUUCAGCUCAUGACGUGGAUCUAUGUCUGGUUUCCCCCUGCGAAUUCAAGCAUUUCAAACAGCUUGACUCAGGUGUGAGCGAGCCCCUCAGAGGAGCCUUUGCUGCGCAUCACCAUGGCAACAACAACAACAACCCCAAGGACACAUCACCCAGCGAGUCAAACGCCCCUGUGUGCACGGAGGACUGCCCGUCCACAACAGCAGAUGGAGUUCUGGACUCAGAUGAGGAUGAGUCUUGUAGUGAGCCGUCAAACUCUCCUCAUGAUCUCCACUCCAGUCGGGCGCUACCCCCAGACCCUCUACCGGCCCCUCUCAGGGACAGUCCACCCCUGCCUCCACAUCCUGACGCGUCCAUGCCCGUUCCUCAGACUGACUCCGAUGCUCACGGAAAGAAAGCAAAAGCAACUGGCAUGCGAGGGAAAAAGAGUUUAGCGGUUAUUGAUGCCUCCCAAAAAACAGGCUCAGGGAAAAGCAGGACAGGAGGCCAAACUGGAGUUGCAAAGGGGAAUGUUUCUACUCGUACGCCUUCCUCCGGCACCCGCUCAGCACCAGCAAAAUCCUCACCCAAUCCAGGCUCUAAGUCUACCUCUGCUGGUGAAGUCAGUGUGUAUGUGGAUCUGGCCUAUAUUCCCUCUGGAGCCUCCUCCUCAACAGUCAGCGUGGACUUCUUCAGAUGCGUUCGCUCCUCCUGUUACAUCAUCAGUGGUGACAGUGCAGAGAGAGAAGAGCUGAUGAGACAGACGCUGGACGCACUGCUGGAUGCUAAGAUGUCCUGGCCUGAAUCUAUGCAGGUGACGGUGAUCCCUACCUUCGAGUCGGUGCAGAUGCAGGAGUGGUACCAGCAGACCCUGGACAAACAGAAGGAGCUGGGCAUCACCGUGCUGGGAUCCAACAGCACUGUUGCCAUGCAGGAUGAGACCUUUCCUGCCUGCAAGAUAGAGUUUUAAGGUUGACUUGUGUAUGCAGCAAUGAAAAAAUGUAUGGUGAAUACGAGCAUGUGAGAGAGACAAGAAAGAGACAGAAUUAAAAGAGAAAAAAAAAGAAUAUAUGGCACUUUCUGCACGAACCGAGUGACUGGGUAACAAAAUGGGAUGUGCACUCCAUGCCGUCCUGGUCAGUCACUUCUUUGUGGGCUACUUUUGCACCAGAAAGCCCUAAUUUCUCUUUAUCCGAUGAGAAGACACAUUCCUGUUGGGAAGUACUGCAUGAUUUUUUUCAGACCCAUGACCCUGUGCAAAACAGGAGAGGAGAUCACUCUGACUGCAAGAGAAGCAUGUCGGGCUGCAAACAUGUGGAUCCACAUGAAAGCUGAUGUUGUAGAUUAGUCGAUAUAGUUAUCAUACCUGGGGUUAAAGGCACUGUGUGUAGGCUUGUUUUCUUAAUGCAAUCAGCACUGAAGUGUGAUAGUAGUGUGCGCUAUGUUUAAGGGCCCAUUUUGUUGCUUUUGGUGCAACAUUUACCACCUGACAUUACUACUCCAGAUGCGCCCAAAUGUCAAGAGUGUGUUUCUUUUAUUUACUAAUAUUGUAUUUGUCUGAAUAUUGCAGAGGAUGUCUAUAUUGUAAGAAGAGAGUUAUACAUUGUCGCGCUGACAAAAUCGCAUUCACAGUGUAUGGGUCAGGUGUUUGUUGUGUAAGCAAACAUGAGGUGAGCUGUGCUGUGUCGUACCUGCUUU